AUGAAUGAUUAAACCUCUGGUGGAGAGUCCCCCAAAGAGUUUGCUCUUUAUUUUAAUACGAGUGACGCAUCGGUAAAACUAAAUACUCACAUAGGGAUUUGAAGUUUGUGAUGAGAUUAGCUAAUCUGAUCCAACUAUCUUUUAUAGGCCUAUCAACAAAGAUGAUGGAUUAAUUUAUGAGAAAAUUAGCGCAUAAGGUAUGGAUUACCUAAUUUAACAUAUUAAACUUUAUAACUAUGUUAAUACUAAGCUUAAAGUGUUGUAGAAUUAAUAAUAAUAAAAUGAUUAAUUAGGAUAGCAAAGUGUGGUAUAAGGAUAAGAAGAAGGAUAAGGAGAAGGGUAAGAAGAUGAUGCGGAUACAUUUAUAAAAUAAUUUCAUGAGAAUGAUAUCGUUAAUAGUCUAAUUAACUAGAUUACAAAUUAUCCAUAAUAGAAUGAGGUUAUUUUAAGAUAAUAAAUUAAAAAAUAAAUCUUUCAAUUUGAAAAGGUUUAUGAUAAUAGUGUCACAUUCUGUUUACUUUAUGAAAAUUAGGAAUAAUCAGAAAUUGAUUCUCAAAUUGAAAAGUUCAAACAAAUUUUUCCAGAUAGGAAGACUAAUAUUGUAAUUUUGAUUAAUGGUAAAGAAAAGUUUAAAUUAAAAAGGGGUUUUAAAAUGGAAAAUAAAAUAAAAGAAAAUAAAUGUAUUAAUUCUAUUUAUUAUUUAGGUAACAUAUGUUAUACUUAUGAAGAUAAAGGGUGCAUAUUUUUUGUUCUCAAUGAAGAAUAAAGUACUAUCAGGCUAUUAAAUUGGAUUUAUAGAGGAAUCUUUAAGCAUUUUCAACCUCAAUAUUUUUAUGUUGGUUAUUUGAGCAUUCUAAUAGAUGUAGAAAAAUUUAGAUUAAUGGAUAGAAUGAUGGUAUAACCUGAAUAUUUUGGAGCAACAGGAUAUUAUAAUUUAAUUCAUGAACAAAAAGUAAAUACAAUUUUUUCUCUUAAUUACUCUUUUGUUGGAUAUAUGAACUUUUUGAAUUACUAAUUUUAAAUAGAUUCUUUAGCAAAGCUUAAGAGAUUUCAUAAUCCUUUCUUCUCUUAUUAUAAAUGGAACGAGCUCUAUACCCAUCUUGAUAGCUAUAUUAAAGAGUUAGAAAUUGAAAAUUAGAAAGGCAAUCUUAAUUUACAUUUAAAUCCAUUAUUACCUUAUAAAAUGUUUAAAGAGGCCGAAAAAUAAUUUUUUUCAGCUGGUAGUAACUUAGGUGAGAAAAAGAUUAUUCAAGAUAAUUAAGCGUAAAUGUUUUUGGAUUUAUCAAAUAUGAUGAAUUACAUCACCUAAUGUAAUGAUUAUGCAUUAACUAUGCAUCGAGUUUUGUACGCAAUCUUAUUAGAUUUAAGAAAAUUUGAAUCUAAAAUAAAAUUAGCACAAAUUUUAUUUUUGUACACCUUCUCACCUUAUCAAGCAUAUUUUUAUUUAAAUAUAUCCAGAUCAUACAUAAAAAUUAUAAUUGCAAUACUUUGUCCUUUUCUACUAUUUAUCCUAUUAUUAUUGUUUGUGUUACUAGUGUAAUAAUACUAAAUUGGUGUAACAAUUGUAAAAAAAUAAGUAAGAAACCUAUACUUCUAGUUGAACAAAAAUGAUUUAUAUAUUCUUUUUAAGUCAAAAAUUCAUGAAUUCAAGAAUGUUGAUCAGAUGGAUUCCUAGCCUAUUACUAUUGAAAUUAAUAAGAAAAAAUACAUAUUUGAAAAAUUAAUCCAAGAAUUACCACCACACUAAUCAGAAGAAAGGCCGAGAAAUGCCUAAAGUUCUCAUGCGCAACGCUCAUUUAUGGAGAACAAUAUUAAUUCCUAAGAAUAAAGAUUGGUUAAUGAAAGAAACGAUAUCGAAGACACUAUAUAAGUUUAAAAUUCUAAUUUAGAAAAGCUUUAUAAACUGUCAAUCUAAAGCAUUACAGAAAAAAAAGUUGAUAACUUUUAUGAAUUGUUAUUUUAUGCUACGUUUCUUGUAGAAUUUAUUUGCUCAGCAAUAGUAAUUGCCAACCUAAUUUUCACAUACGGGAGUAAUCUAAUACAUGAUGUUCAAAAUGAAUAGCAUUUUGUCGCUAUUAUAGGAAUAAUAAUUUUUAUUUUCUUUUUUAUAGUGAGAAACUUUGGGUUUAAGAAAGAUUAAUAUAGGUAUAUCAUUAUUAUUGAUCAAUAGGGCAUCGUUUUUAGUGCCAAUUUUUAUCUUUUUAAAUUUACUUAUCACAACUGUUUAUUCUGAGAUGUACCAUCAAUUAAGGAUUAAAAUAAAACCUAAAGAAUAUCUGGAAUAAGUUUAGAAAUUAUCUCAAUACUUGUGCUUAAAUAUUUUAUUAUUAAUUAUGUAAAUAUAUAUUGAUGUUGUUAAGAUUUUAUAUUGUGGAAACCUCCAUGAAUUUUGAAGGCUAUAUAUUUUCCAUCAUUAUAUUUUACAAUUUGACCCUUUAUUUGAUAGAUUCAGUAUUUGUGAUUUGUGCAAUUUUAAAGGGAUUCUUUAAUAAAAUUAAUUUAAAAGAUGAAACUGAAGGCUAAUCCAUCAGAAUGUACGAAACAGAAGUAGGCUUUUUGGAAAAUUAUAAGGAAAUUGUGGGUCUUUAUCUUAAAGAUUUAAGAUAGUAACAAUAAAAUGAAAUUGUAAUCAUUUGACAUAUAUUUCAAAGGAGAAGAAACCUAAUCCAACCGAAAGUAACCCAUACGUAAUUUCAAAAAAUACAAAUCACUAAGAUUUGAUUGAUGCUGGGGAAGGUGAUUUUGUCCAUGAUCCUGCAAAUUUAAAUAAUUCUAGCGAGAUAAAUUGA